AUGCGGACAGACGCGCCCGGCCCCGAAGGCGCGUCGCCGCCGCCCGUGGCGGGCAGCCGGGCGCGGCCCGAGCUGCAUGUCAUCGACGUGCGGAUCCCCGGCUGGGAGAGCAACUUCUGGCAGCUGGCCGGCGGCAGGAGCGAGAUGGACCCCGAGCCGGACUUUCCCUCGCUGCGCAGGUGGAAAGACCCGGCGCAUGCGCCGCGCGGGCGCGACAGGCUGCUGGCGGCGCCUCGGCCGCUCAAGCCCCAGGAGUCGCGAGUCCAGCUGAGGGCCGCCCCCUCGGGGGACGACGCCCGGCAGACGCCCCGGGCGCGCCGGGAGCGCGCCCCCGACGCCGCUGCACCGCCCGGGGGGCCCGCCCCGCCGCUGCACGGCUGGAGCGCCCGGGGUGCCGCGCUGCCGCCCUGGCGGGAGCGCCGCCGCACCGGCGGCGCCGGCAGGAGCGCCCUCUCCGCCGGCGAGUCCGGUUCCCAGGCGGCGCCGGGGGAGGAGCCCGAGGCUCCCUGGCCCGAGGCUGGCGGCCAGGCGGAGCCUGUGGAGGCGGCGACACGGGCAGCACUGGCCCUGGCGACGCCGCAGACUGCGCGUUUGGAGCUCAUGUCUCCCCGCGAGCGGAUGGGCUACGGCGAACCCCAAGGACCGUCGCCAACCCCGCGCUCGCCAGCCGGGCAAAGGUCACCGCCGACGCCGCGCAGCGGGAAGCAGCCCUCUCAGCAAGCACACCAGCCGCCAGAAGCUCCCAGCACGCCGCCCGCCACCAGUAGCAGCGUCGGCCCCCCACUUCCCCCCCCACCCGCAGGGGCGCCAGCGGCGCUCGAAGACAGCCGCCCCCACUGGGCCGCUGUGCCCGUGCGGCUCAGCGGUGCCUGCCCCGAGGUGUUGGUGGGCCCAGCGCCGGAGGCGCCAGCCUCACCCCAGGGCCUGCCCGUGAGGCCUGGCGGCGCCGGCCCCGAGGUGCCGCCGCGGCCGGCGCCAAAGGGCGCUGCCUGCAGCCGCGGCCCCGUGGGCUGGAGCGUGCCGCCCUGCGCGGACGACGAGGCCGCCUCCUGGUUGCCGGGGCCCGGGCUGCCAGCGCGCCCUGCCUGCGAGGCCAGGUGCCCCUUGCGGAGCCCGUGGAGCAUCGCCCGGCCGGCGCGGCCGGCGGCCGAGGAGGGCCAGGGCGCCGACGGCGACGAUGCCGCGGUGCUCCUCGACGUGCGCGGGCAGAGGCCUGCGGGCUGCCCGCCCGACUCCGCGCUGCCUGCGCUGCUCGCCUCCGGCCCGCACGGGGAGCGGCGGAGGUGCCGCGGGGAGAAGUGCGGCAUGGCGCCGCGCGCCUGGGGAGACGCCGCUGGCGCGGCGCCGCUGCGGCUCGGGGCCGCCGCCGAGGCAGAGCCUGUCCCCGCCGAGGGCCCUCCGCCGCCGAUGCCCCGCGGGCAGCGGCUGCCCCCGCCGAGCGGUGCGCGGCUGGCCCGCUCGGCGGAGGGCCAGGCGGCCGCUGCCAAAGUGCAGGGGCUGCUGCGCUUCGAGGCGCCGCCCCAGCCUCGGAUGCCUCCGGCGCCCGAGCUGAGGUGAGGGAGCGGCCCUGGCGGCAGCUCCGUUCUGGGGCUGGUGCCGCCGCUUUGCCGCGUGCCGCUCGCAAGAAAUGCGCACGCGCCCAUCGG